CAUUUGAAGUUGAGAAAAACACGACGCAUUUCUUUGGGCCAGUUCCAAAAACGCUGGGAUUGAGUUAUUUCAUGUGGAACUAUUGAUUGUUCCUGGGUGGUGCUCCCAUCUUCUCUUGGCCCUGACAAGGUUGUUUCUAUGACGUUCUUCCGAAACAAAAACGGCCUUAUGCGUUCUUCUCCGUCUUUGUUUGGCAUGUUGUCAUUGUGAUUGGUGGAUGGACCACGAAAGGACUCUUUUGUUCGACUCCGUCCGAAUGGAAAUCUUCACUUGAUAUUAUUCAUCGACUCAUCUAUAAACAUAAGUGAGUGUGAGGAACGAAUGUAACAAGGCACGGUUGGCUUCAAUCGACCGGAACUGCCAGGAACGAACGAACGAACGAACGAACGGUCGUACGGACGGACGGACUGUGGGUCGGUCGGUCGGUCGGUUGAUUGGACGGUUGGUUGGACGGACGAAUGACCAACCAACGGAAGGAAAAUUGCCCUCAUUGUCGCUUGGAUCACUAGUUCACCAGUUCGACAGUUUAGUUCAUUCAUCACAUGCUAUAUGAGCGCAAUCCGUAGACCUAAGAACCAGGAGAGAGCUUACCCCGCAUUACCCCGAUCCGAUGCCAUAAUUUCGAUUAAACUUCUGCUUGGAACGCCAAGUCGUGAUAAUCAAUACCUAGUCGCAUGUGCCAUUCAUAAUCUUCCCUGCACCAACCACUCUGUGAUUGGCGUCCGGAUCAAGAGAUAUACUUCCUCAUGAUGGUCAAGAACAUUUUGGAGAGUAUUGUGGACAAGUACUCCUCCGAGGAAUCCGAGGAGGAAACUUUGGACUUCAUCGUCUUCGUGUCCACCUCACCAGAAUGCAAAAGAGGCAUGUUUCCGCCCAUUAUGACUCUAAUCGAUUACGAUUUGGAGGCAGUGGGUUCGACUCAUCUCAGUUUAAGCAAGUUCAGCCACAUCGCUGAACUCGAUCUCACGGAUAACUUAUUGUCAGAAUGGUCCGAGAUCUUCGUUCUUCUUCGCGUCUUUCCUAGUUUGGAGUUCCUCAACUUGUCCAACAAUCUUCUUCACGCUCCAAUCACUCCAGAGGAUCUGGAGCACCAUGUUCAACAAAAACAACAAAGUCAGAGACCCACGCUUAUGACAAAGAAACUUGUUCUGAAUGGAAACAAAAUUGAUUGGACCUCCGCGGAUAGAUUGAUCCAAAUCAUGCCACAGUUAGAGGAGCUCCAUUUGAGCACGAACAAUCUUCACAAUCCUUGUGGCGACGAGGCUCUUCAUCAUGAGAACCUUCGUCUUCUGUUUCUCAGCUGUAACCCGAUCGAUGAUUUUCAGGACAUGGCCGAGCGGUUGACAGUCCAAUGCCCGAAGUUGGAACAACUUUCGCUCUCGGAAUGCCCUGUGACAUUCAAUGGUGAGCCCCUGACACCCUCCGAUCCCAUUCUACCACACUUGAAUGCUUUAAACUUAAGCACCACCAAGUUGUCCACUUGGGAAGAAGUGGAUAAGCUCCGGGGACUGCCAUGCCUCACUGAGCUCCGUGUCCAACACGUUCCACUUCUCGGCGAUUGUACGGUCCAUGAAAGGCGCAGUCUCUUAAUUGCUCGAUUGCCCAAUAUCCAAAUUCUCAAUGGCGGGGAUAUCAUCUCCAAGACGGAGCGAGAGGAUGCCGAGCGUGCUUUCAUCCGGUUUCAUUUGGACUCGGAUCCCAAACCCCAACGAUACCACGAGCUAGUGGCCGUCCAUGGGGAGCUCGAUCCCUUGGUCAACAUUGAUCUGACUCCGGACACAGUGGUUCGGGUGAAGGUUUGUCACAAAGAUUUGGUCAGAGAGGAAGAUAUCCAUCUGUAUCAAACAGUCCAACAAUUCAAAGGCCGACUCCAAGAUUGGUUUGGCGUGGCCCCUCAAAACAUGAAACUCUACUAUUGCGAUAAGGAUUACGUGGACAUGGCCGGACCCGAAGAGAUGAAAUGGGCGCAGAAGGCUUUGUAUACCUACAAUGUGCAGAACGGCGAUAAAUUCAUCUUGGACGAGAAGAUGUUUCAUUCCCGCGUUCGAACCACCUCAAGAUCCAGCCUCGGAUCGUUUUCACCCGGAUCAAAGUUUUUAGAAAAUCGGAGCAUCACAUUUUCGAUCAGUCCCAGAAAUGGCUUGAUGAUCAGUUCACCCGGCAUGAAGAAACCAACUACUCCCAUGAACAAGAAUAACAAUCACAUCAACAAUAACAACAAUCACCACCCAAAGCGUCAACAUGGGAUUUCGCCCAAGAAUAGUGUGGCAAAAAAUCUAUUUGGCAAGAGUCAGAAGAAAAACUGAAGAACUAAUAUCAGUUCUCUCGUAUUGUUGUAUAUACCGCUCACCAGCGUUUCUCUAAACGCUGCUCACUUUUUGAAUCAUCCCUAUCUUGGUUUGCCAAGUUUUAAUGUUUAGUUAGACACUACAAGUCCAAUUCCUUAUGUACAGAGCCUUUCAGGCGACGAAGAUCAACUAGAAACUCUUCGUAAGGGUUUCCCCCACCGAAUUUCAUACAGAACAAAUAUAUCAGCAAAUUUGAAGCACGAAAAUGCCCGCAUUGUUUUUCAUUCUCUUUAAAACUU